AGGCAAUUGAAAGAGGUUUCUAAUAAAGUUCAUGCUAUUUAGCAACAAAAAAAAUUAGUUAGCAAAACCAAAACAAAAAAAGAGAGAGAUUAGCAAUGGAGGCCUAUACUUUGUUGAGAUGCGUAGCUUUUCUAGGGAUGGUUGUGCUUUCAUUAGCAGCAGCCCCAGCAGUUCCUGCAGACCCAGCUCCACAAGACCCAAUUUAUGGAGCUUCGAAAAUACGGACUUUAACGUGUGCCAAAAAGUGUGCCAUUUCUUGCGCAUUGGACUUGUUCAAGCCUGCAAAAUUUGCAGCUUGCGUUGGCCUUUGCAUGACAUCCUGCAAGAUUCAGGACCCGCCGGCACCUGCAGACGUCCAGGCAACUGCCGAUACCGACGGGAAGCCAACUACUAGCGUGCAGUCGACUUCUGUCGACCCUACACAUGCCUGUACUCGAACUUGUGUGAGCUCUAUGAGCAAAGUCAUGACCACUAAUACCAAACUCACAAUGCCCCCAGGCACACCAGCUCCUGCCCAACCCCCCGCUAAUGAUCUUCAACGCUACGCGGAAGGCUAUACCGAUGCUUGCUUCCUGAGCUGCUCCAAGAAUAGUAAAGUUUUUUAGAGAAAUCAUAAAUUGCUAAUAGCAUGUAAGCUUCAGUGUAACAUCCCGGUGUCACAAGUUAAAUUUACAAAACACCGAAAAAUAAUUGUAGGAGAUUUACGUAUGUAAUGUAAAUAAAUUGUAAAGUCUGUAUAUGACGACUAUAUGUACAUAUUUUGAUCAAGAAAGCAAUAAGAUUCAAAGUUCCUCUA